GGUGACCACUUUUUAAACGUUUUGCCGCGAGGCCUCAUUUAAUAGAACUACAGAUUAAUAUACCUUAGCCGUCUGUGAUUGUUAGCUGAUAAAUGGACGUAAGCGUGAAAGUUGGAGUUCGUGUCCGACCACUCUCAGAAAAUGAAGUUAACGAUGGCUGCUGUACAUGCCUAUCAUAUCCUCUUGAAGAAAACCAGCUAAUAAUUGGAAACGAUAAACUCUUUGGCUUCGACUUUAUUUUCAAAGAAACAGAUUCUCAGGAAUGUGUUUACAAGAAAGCAGCAUUUCCAAUGGUUGAAAACGUUCUUAAGGGAUAUAACGCCACUUUAUUUGCGUAUGGUCAAACUGGAAGUGGAAAAACAUAUACAAUGGGCACAUAUGUCAGUGAAAACUUGUCUGAAAAUUCUGUUGGCAUUGUUCCACGGAUUAUUAAAGACUUGUUCGACAGGAUGCCGGAUUGUGAAUACGAAUACACAGUGAAAGUUUCAUUUCUGGAGAUAUAUAAAGAAGAUAUACACGAUUUACUGUCAGAAGAUGCGUCCGCGUCCUUGCAGAUUCGUGAAGAGAACCAGCUUGUGAAGAUCCCAGGACUAACUGAGACACUGGUUACAUGCCCAGAGGAAGUUUUAAAUCUCCUUCAGUCUGGUUCAGCAAAACGAAGUGUCGGCAGCACUGCCAUGAACAUGAAGUCGAGUCGAAGUCAUGCCAUAUUAACGCUGAACUUUUUAUUGCGACCUAAGGUAAUCGAGUGUGGUGCUGAAAGUACAGAAGGUACAUUAACAGCGAAAUUGCAUUUGGUUGACUUAGCUGGUUCUGAACGUCUUAAAAAAACACAUGCUGAAGGUGAUAGGCUUAAGGAAGGUAUUGAUAUAAACAGGGGUCUACUUGCUCUGGGCAAUGUAAUAAGUGCAUUGUGUGAAAGAGAUGCAAAAAAGCGAUCACAUAUUCCGUAUCGUGAUUCUCGUUUAACUCGUCUACUGCAAGAUUCAUUAGGUGGGAAUAGUGCAACCUUAAUGCUCGCUUGCGUCAGUCCCGCAGAUAUGAAUAUGGAGGAGACUCUAAAUACACUCAGAUAUGCUGACCGAGCACGUUUAAUCAAAAACAAGCCAAUAUUAAAUCGUGCUGAUCCUAAAGAUGCUGAAUUGGCUAGAUUACGUACUCUGGUUGCCCAGUUGCAAUCACAGCUAACCAAUGGAUCAUCAUUCCCAUUAUUAAGUCCAUGCGCAAAACUUAUUAAACCAAUGUCGUCCUCAGCUAACUCUACUAAUAGUGCUGCUAGUAGUAGUCAUUUCUCGUCUGAAAUAAUCACUGGUCUUUUGGAUAAAACUAGAAAAUUAGAAAGUGAGAAACUUCAACUUUGUGAAGAAUUGGAUCGUUCAGUUGAAAAAAUAAAGGAGUUAUACAAAGUGAAUUUCGAUUCAGAUAAUCUACGUGAUGUGCUGCUCACUGAAUAUCAAAAAGUCGAAUCUGUUUUCAAUUCUUUGAAACAGCUAGUUGAGGAUAAAUUAAGCGAAAAUCCUGAAUUAUUGCGUUGUAUUCAGGAGUUGGAGAGUAUUCUUGCUAAAGUGAAAAGCCUAUCGCUUACUGAAUCGCAUAGAAUUACAAACGAUGAUUUAGAACAUGCCUAUAAACAGUCUACUGAUCUACUAGCUGAAGUUCGCUCAGACAUUACGGGUUUGGGUACAGAAGACGAAGAAUUCAAUAGAAUGACAUUGGAGAAUACUGAAGUAAAUAUGGACAAUAAUGACGAUGGUAAUGAAAAUAUUAGUCGUGCUUCCGAAACAAUGACUACUUUAACCACCAAAACGCAAGGAGUUGAUCAGUGGCGGUCGGAGCUACGUGCACGUCGAAUUGAAUGUAAACAACGUAUUGAAACUAUUGAAGCAACAAUUCGUCAGAAAAAUGAUCUUUUAGCUAGUUUAAAAGCUGCAGCUGAACAAGGCGAUGAAUCAUAUUGUUUACUAUUACAAAAGUAUGAAUCACAAGUGCGUGAAUUGCAGUCACGAAUAUCUGAAUUAGAAUUGGAAAAAAGUCGACUACUAGCUGAGCAUAAUAAUGAAGAAUCAAAAGAUACUAAGAUUCAAAAGGAGAAUCUUUUAAAGGCUAUGGAACAAGAACUGAUACAAACACGGCGUCAGUUAACUGAAUUAUCGCGUUUGAAAAAAGCUAAAGAAGCCAGAGAAACAGAAUGUAUAAGAUUACGCACUGAAAUACAAUCAUUAAAAGCACAAAUGAUUCGUUCAGCUAAACAGUUAAGAGAAGAAAGUGCUGCUUACAGAAAAUGGCGUAAAGAAAAAGAGAAUGAGGUGAGAAGACUUCAACAACAUGAUCGUCGUCUGCAAUGUGAAAUGUCACGGAUGGUAUCGGCUCAUGAACGUCAGCAAGCGGUACUAAAGCGGCGUAUUGAGGCUGCAGCGGCUGCUGAACGUCGCCUCAAGGAGUUGUUGCUACGUCAGAGGGACGUGAAACAAGAACGUGAUAAACGUCUUUCAGAAGUGAAUAAUCCUAAAAGUAAAUUCGAUUUCGCAGCACGUAUUCGAAGAUGGAUUAGAAUGGAUUUAGAUAUUCAUGUCAGUAUGGCAGAUGUUAGAUAUCAUUUAACUAAUCUAAUCGAUUCACGUAAAAUGGUUUGCGAUCAAUUACGUGAUAUCGAAAGGAAAAUAGAAACGUGUCAACCAAAUGACGAACAAUAUGAUGUGUAUGUGGAUGAAGUGAAAAGUCUUACAGCGACAAUCCAAUCGCAAACACAGCAGAUUAGUGAUCUGCAGCAAAAACUUAUCGAUGCCGGUGAACGGUCAUCAUCAACUGAUGCAGAAGGUGGUCGUGGUGGUUGUGUCGGUGCAUCAGAUUCUAAUGGUCAAAUAUCGUAUCGUUUGGCACAAUUACAUAAUAUUCAAGAAGCACGAAUAGCUUUGAAAUAUUUAUUUAAAGAAGCGUCAUUAUCUGAAGUAGCAAAGAUGAAUUUAGAGACACAAGUGUCUGAGAUGAACACACAAAUGACUGCAUUGAAGCAAGAAAUGGAAAAUUUACGUGAAAGUUUUUCAACGGAAUUGUUAAAAUCUCAGACGAGUUGCUGUGAUUUGAAAGAACAACUCCAAUCAAAGGAUAAAUCCAUCGAGCAAUUGAAAAGUCAUAAUGAUAAAUUACAAAAAGCCCUACAAGUUGCGCUCACCUCCAGUGUGAAUGCAUGCACGGAUUCUCGCCCUCCACCUUUAAUCAAUAAAGCUAACGGUUAUUUAAAUACGGAGGAUUAUGUUGAAGAUGUCAAGUCGCAUUGUCAAGUGACUAGUAAAUACUUAGAAAAAUUACAAAAAGAAAAUGCUGAAUUACGUGAAUUAAUUGCUAUUCAACGUGAAGACUUAGCAGAAAUGAAUUUACAAUUGCGUGAAAUGUUAAAUUCUCGACAGGCUGGUACACCAGUACUUCGGCAGAAUCAUAAUAAUAAUGAGACAUUCAUUUUGCCAUCCAAUAAUAAUAAUGAUGAUGAUGGUGAAAAUUCUAAUGGAUGCAUAACGAACAAUGACCGUAAUAUAUCGCCUACAUUUAUUAAUAAACGUUCACAUAUCAGUUGUAAUGCGACGGAUACAGAUGAACCUGAUAGUAAAGUUAAAAAAUCUGAAAGUGAAGAGAAUCUUCAUUUCAAAGGAGAAGAAGAAGAAGAGAACAGUAAUGUAAGUAGUAGUAUAUGUGUAUGUGUUAACACACACACAUAUAGGUGUCCCUUAGGCUUGUAUUUUAUUAUUAUUGCUCCCUUGGGUUCCUAAUGGAACAUAGGGCUUCAACUGUACAUCCCCACUUGCCACUUCUGUCUUCUGCUGUACUUUUCACCUGAAUCCAUGUUAGUCCAUACUCCUUUUCAACUCCUCUUCACACGAUCUCCUCCAUGACACCCUUCCACUGACGUCCCACUCGCCGCUUCCCGUUAGGGUUCCACUCGAGGGCUUGACGCGCCAUAUCACCCACCGUCUCCUCAAAGAGUGUCCGAUCCAUCUCCACUUUCUCCUGCAUAUUUGUUGGGCGAUUGGUUCUUGUUUUGUCUCUUCCCCAUAGUUCCUUGUUGAUGGUUCUUUCCUCGCCAGAUUACUAGCUUGCUAGGCUACUAGCUUGCUAGUUUUCUAGCCGAUCCCAAGCCCCGGAUAUGGGGCGGAGGGUUGGGGCGUGGUGCUAGCAACUCCACCCCCGUAAAACAACCAAAUUGCUACAGAAAUUUCAACGAAUAAAUAUAUUAAGAACUCUGAAAAGAUAGACUUGUAUUAUACUUGAUCGUUAUUUUGAUACAGUUUGUUUAACUGGUUGAGCAGGAUUUUAACUAAAUCUACGUUCAGCUAGACGUGAAAAGAUUGGCUAGUUAGUUGUCUUUAGGGAUCAUAGUGUCUGGGUUCGAUCUCGUGUGAAGUCGUAUAAUAGGGUUGGGGGGCAAUAUUGAGGUAUUAGGCUAUUUUCGAGUGUUAGGUGAGUUGGAAGGGUAGUCAAACGACGAGGUUGUAGAGCGACAACGACUGAGAUAGUUGUGACAUGUGUUAGGCAUGUCUAGCCAUCGCCUUUCUCCACGGUUAUUGUUAACUGAUAUAGGAUCGAUGAGGUUGGAAGAGAGCUAGUAUGAGGUGGUCAAACCAAAAGAUGGCUUCAUCAAGCAAUGAAAUCCGUUAAAGUUAGUUUGAGACAGUCAGCCAGCCAAGCACGUAGGUAUGUGUAGACUGGUCGGGAUGGUAAGAACCAAUGAAGACUGGAGACAAUUGGUGAUAUGGCUGGAAAUAGUUUUCGGUGAUGGCUGGCGCAGAUGCGUUCACCCUCUGUGAUUUGUCAUAUCCUCCAGUAAAACUGUCUUUUCGCAUACUUACACUUGUGUUUGUUCUCUCUGUUUUGAAUCUCUCUGUACUCUUUUCUUUGGCUUUAUGUGUUACAUGAAGCGAGAGUGGCAAGUUGAACUGCUGCACAUCCGUGUAAAGUUAUGUUUUGGAACCAAUCAAGUUACCUUGUGUAUACAAUGUGUCAUUUUUGAAAUAGGAAUACGAUAUCACGUUGUGAGUGCAUGUAAUGCGACUCUUUCAGUACACCAAGUCUGUGUUGGGGUCAGCACCACUCAGCAUGUAAAGUAAGAUCCGGAUUUUCAACUCCAAUGUGGAGUCAGUGCUACUUACUAUACACAUCAGAGACUUGUACUGCGCGUCACGAAGGGCACUUCGAACAAACUACAGAUCUUCAUCAACAACUGUCUUCUCUCAAUACUCAAGAUUUUAUGUCCGGCCAGAAAAGAUCAGCAACAGGUAGGGAUCUCUGGGAGCGAACCAACCCGGCAGGAAUCGAUUGUGCAACAACUAUGCAAAAAUAAAUGUAGGUAGAUUGGAGUGGCCAUACUCUGAGAAAGCAAACCGUCAAGUGAGUGACAUCACACUCUGGGCCAUCGCUCGAGUAAGGGAUGAAUGGGAAGCGGUGAGUCGUCAGUGUGAGGGUGACUUACAGGAGGUCAUGCGCUGGGGAGACGAAGGCAUGUGGGCAGACGUCAGGCCAUGUGAAGACGUUGUAGGAGAAGCAAACGGAAUGGAGAUUCGCGGCUGAGGCCCCAUGUUCCUCUAGGAACUAAAAGAAGCAAUAAUAAUGAUAAUAAGUUUACAAUGUGGCCACCAUUCUAGAUGGCUCACCAUCACGACGCACUUCACUGUGAAUUGUUGAUGUAUUAGAUGGUUGGAGGCAAUCGGCCACAGGAAGCCUUGUCUGACCUAGGUUUCGCUCUAGUUGUCACUCUCCAGUCAGCAAGGUGUAUCAGCACUUUUGAGGGGACUAACAUCCCCUCUGAGAUUCGAACCGAUAUUAGAGAAGUUACUAGCCACGAUUGACCUCCAGUAGGACUGUGUCAGAUACUUUUGAUUAGACGCUAGUUAGUAACCAGUGUAAUGUGUCUAGCCGUUUGUUUAGUUACUGCGUCUCUAGUUACCACCUACCUCUGUAUUCUGUGUCUUUUGAGUCUCUCUCAACGGGUUAGUAAAUGUAGGUAAGGUUUCGGAUUACAUCGUCUGGAAAUAAAUUGCACACCUCCCGUGUGAGAAUAGACAGCUUUUCUACCAUUGACCCAGCGCUUAUAUGUAUAAAAUAUAGGCUUAGUUAUCUUAAAGUAAACUGGUUGAAUUUACUCCUAUCUUUUAAACACGUGAAAUGUUUAUAUUAUGUGAAAAAACCUUUCUCUAUUUUGUUUCUUUGUUUGUCUGUUUAUUAUACAUAUCUUCUAGCCAACUGUCAAUGAUGACUCACAACAACGUCGAUGUAAAUGUCGUGGAAAUUGUCAGUCACGCUGUAGUUGUAAACGUUCUGGUCGUUUAUGUACUCCAGCGAAUUGUCAUUGUCUUCCUGGCAUAUGUCAAAAUCGUUCAACACCACCACCGACAACGACACCUACUACUGGCCUUGAUGAAGACAAUGAGGAUUUAGGAUUAUCAUUAAAAAGUUCAACAGUUAUGGCUCCGCCCUCCGAUGUUCCGAGAAUUCUUCGUCCUAAACGAAAAACUCGUGCAUUACAGUUGAAUUUAUCUCCACCACCACAACACCAACAACAAAAAAAGAAAUCCCAACCAUCGCGUUGUUUGAAUGAAACUUAUGAUUUAGAUAAAAAAUCCUCAGAUACAGAAAAUGAACACUGUCAGUUAUCAACAUCACCAUCUUCUCCAGAUGAGAUAACUGAUGCCAGUGUUGUACGUCACUUAUGGCCAAAAUAUCGUGUAUCAUUCUUCCCGAGUCCAUCAUUAACUCCUGAUCUGUAGAAUGCCUUUUUAUACCUUACUAGUGCGUCGGUGGCACAGUGGUUAGGACUCUCGCCGACCAUGCACAUGGUCCGAGGUUCGAGUCCACGCCGACGCACACCUGAUAUCUAUGGUCGGCCUGCGAAUUUCGGGCUACCGAUGUCCACGCUGGAAAUUCCAUACCUGUACCAAAAAUACGGUGUGGAAUCAGGCUGUAAUCAAAAAAUUAUUAUUAUUAUUAUUGUAGUUCAUUAUUUUGCUAGUCUAUUAUAGUGUUUUUAUAUGUGUUAUUACUGCUACCACACUAUUGAUCCCUGUAUGUAUUACGUAAAUGACACUGUAUAUAGCCUUUGCCACCUACCCACUCUCCCUCCCUUUCUCUAUCUCUCAGUAAAUCUGUGAUAAUCUCUCUUUUGCCCACCAGUGCCGCAUGUAUUCUGCUGAUAGAAACUACUAAUUACACUGAUGGUUAUCGUGGACACCUAUUUUCUGUGUGUGUGCGUGUGUAUGUAUGUAUGAAUUGUAUAUUUACGAUCGAGUCAUUUGUGUUUGAGUAGUCUAACUGAAACGAGAUGGAGCUCUGUAAAAUAGCCUCAACCAAUAAAUAAUGUUGUUUAUAUUUGC